AUGGUGAUGCCUCGUGCAACUUCUAUUGAUGAUGUAUCAGAUGGAGGAUUUGUAUCUGGAGCAUCUCUAUCUUUUUCAAGGCUUGAAGGUAUUGUAUCCAACUGGGAGCAGUCUUAUGGAGAUCCUAUUGAAGAAUUGAAAUGGUUAAACGAUGGGGAUGCUAAUAGUAGAUUUUUCCAUAAUGUUGUGAAGGAGAGGAGGCGUAGGAACCGUAUUUGCUCGUUAAACACUAAUGAGGGAGUCGUUAAUUCGGUUAAUGCGGUGAAGGAAGCGGUGAAGUCUCAUUUUGAAAGCAAAUACAAGGAGGAUUGUUUUGAGAGACCUUUGAUGGAUGGAAUUGCUUUUAAUUCUUUGAGCGAGGAGCAAUCUUUAUCGAUUGAGGAAGAUGUUCUUGCUUGUUUUAAUAGUUUUUUCUCCGGAGCGGUGUUGUCCAAAUGUAUUACAUCUUCUUUUAUUGCUCUAAUUCCGAAGAAUAGCAAUCCUUUAGUGUUAGAUGAUUACCGGCCAAUUUGUCUUGUGGGAAGUAUUUACAAAAUGGUUUCUAAACUUUUGGCUUGUAGGAUCAAGAAAGUUCUUCCUUCUAUCAUUUCUAAUUGCCAAAGUGCCUUCGUUCCGGGUAGGCAAAUGAUGGAUGGAGUGUUAAUUGCCAACGAGUUAGUUGAUUUUGCUAGUAAAGAGGGAAAGGAGUGUCUUCUCUUUAAAGUUGAUUUUGAAAAGGCUUAUGACAAAUCCAACGAAGGAAUUCUUGGUGGAAAGGGGUCUCCGUCAAGGAGAUCCUAUAUCCCCUUUCUUUUUGUUAUAGUGGCGGAAGGUUUAAAGGCCUUGGUUGGAAGAGCGGUCGAUAAUGGUGACUUUGUUGGUUUUAAUGUGAAUGGAAAAUGUUUUGUAGAUAUUCUCCAAUUUUCCGAUGACACACUCUUAAUUGGCUAUGGGAGUUGGAAUCACCUUUGGGCCAUUAAGGAGGAGAAGGAGUUCAAAUUUCUCGGUAUUCUUGUUGGUAAAAAUCCUAGAAGAAUCUCUUCUUGGAAGCCUCUAUUGGACAAUGUUAGGAGGAGAUUGAAUUCUUGGAAAGGGCGGUGGCUUAGUUUUGGAGGGAGGAUAACUCUUUUAAAAUCGGUUCUAAUUAGUUUGGCGAUAUUCACUCUUUCUUUCUACAAAGCUCCGAAGAAGAUUAUAUCGGAGAUUAAUAAGAUGCAAAGUAAUUUUUUGUGGGGAGGGACGGAAGAGAAAAGGAAAAUGCAUUGGGUGAAGUGGAAUGACUUGUGCCUUCCGGUGGAGAAAGGCGGUCUUGGUUUUAGAAGAUUUGACCUUUUUAAUAAAGCGCUCCUUUUGAAGUGGAAUUGGAGGAUUUUCAGUGCUUCUAAUGAAUUAUGGUAUAGAAUGUUAAAAGCGCGGUAUGAGGAUGUGAAUCUUAGGUUGAGUUGUUAUUCUUUGAAAGCUAAGAAGGAUAGGUCAUCGUCGGUGUGGUGGGCGGAUUUAUUAUCAUUGGGGAAAGAGUUACCGGAGAAUUUUUUUACUAACAAUUUUCUUUUUCAGGUUGGAGACGGACACACUAUUUCUUUUUGGAAAUCUCAUUGGUUGAAUUGUGGUAUCUCCGUUAACCAUGCUUUAGGCGAAGUUGCUGCUCCGAAUUCUGCUCAUAAUGAAGCUGCGGUUACUGCCCCUACUGUUGGUGUUAUGGCUGAACUGGAAGUUACUGUUUUGGGUGCUAAUUCUGCCCCUGCUACAGUUCCUGCUGUCGGUGAAGCUGCUGCCCCGAGCGGUUCUGUUUUUCCCGUUAAUGCGGAGGCUUCAAACGUUGUGCAUUAUGGAGUUGUUGCCCUUGAAAGUGAUAUUAGCAGCAUAUAUCAAGUGUUAACCGAGGAAACGCUGUCAGUAUCCCGUGCAGACUCAGCUCUUUGGAAGCUUCAUUCGGAUGGAGUGUACACCGUAGCUUCAUGCUACCAUUUUCUGUGUAAUGUUUUUGUUCCUUUUGGUCCGGCUAAUCGAUAUGAUUCGGCUUUCUUAGAUAUUUGGAAGAUUGAUGCCACUUUGAAUGUGAAGGCUUUUGGUUGGAGAUGCUUCUGA